GUCAUUACGUCACUCAGGUGAAAGGUGUGGUGCGUUCAAUGGCUGGUUUGAAUAGAAACCAUAAAGCCGUCGAACAGGAAAUUCCGAUCUGCUACAAACACACCCGUCUGAAAGAACCAGUCCACCGUCGACGGGGGAAAGUUCAGUUUAGCACCGUGGUUGUCUGAGCUCUUGUUUCUACAGUGUUGUUGCACAGAAACAGCUUUGAAAAUGAGCAAAAUAUCGAAAUUGUUCAAGGGCAGCUCCAGCUCAAGUUCUUCGAGCUCGUCCAAGUCCAAAUCCAAGCAGCACCGAGGAGGUCCGAGUCCUCAGGAGGCCAUCCACAAACUCCGAGAGACGGAGGAAAUGUUGACCAAGAAGCAGGACUACCUGGAGAAGAGGAUAGAACAGGAGCUAAUGAUAGCCAAGAAACACGGCACCAAAAACAAGAGAGUUGCCCUGCAGGCGCUGAAGAGGAAGAAGCGAUUGGAGCAGCAGCUCACCCAGAUCGAUGGGACGCUGUCUACCAUCGAGUUCCAGAGAGAAGCCCUGGAGAACUCGCACACCAACACAGAGGUCCUGAAGAACAUGGGUCUGGCUGCAAAGGCCAUGAAGAGGAUCCACGAGAGCACGGACAUUGGCAAAAUCGAUGAUCUGAUGGAUGACAUCAACGAGCAGCAGGACUUGGCGAAAGAGAUCAGCGAUGCCAUCUCUCGACCUUCUGGAGAGAUGUUUGAUGAGGAUGAGCUCAUGGCAGAGUUGGCCGAACUGGAAAAUGAGGCACUUGAGGAGAGCAUCAGUGAUUUGCCCAGUGCACCAGCUAUGAAACUGCCUUCAACACGGCCCAGUCAUCGCACAACAACAAAGAAGAGGGUUGAAGAUGACGACGAUAUGCGUAUGCUGGCAUCUUGGGCCACUUAAGCACCAUAAAUCAGCAUCGCACUUCCUGAGGAGGACUUCAGAUUUUUCUUUUAAUUUUGAAGGGAAGAACUUUUUUUUUUUUUUUUUAAUCUUAUAAUGGACUCCAAAGGUUGUGUUUAUUAAGAAAUGAAAUAUUUCGAAUGAAUGAAGGAAUUCACAAUCUGCCAUUUACUAUGCUUUUCAGCUUUUACUUCCUGCUCUCAAGGUUUGAAACUAGGUAGUUUCUUUUUCCUAGAGCAAAUAGCUGUGUAGUAUUUUUGAUCCCUGUAAAUAGGCUUACACAUUACACACACCAUGUAAAUAGAACGCUUUUCACUUUUCAACAAUAAAAUAAUUCAUAAUGU